AUGACGUUCAGCAGCAGCACCGAGGCCGGCAGUGUGAGCCGCAGCAGCAGCGCGACGAGCGUCACCCUCACCGGCGCGACUGACACAACCAUGGUGACGAGUUCGAGCUUCACGGGCUCUGCGACGUUAACCAGCCUGGCAGACACUAGCAGCACGACGCUCACCGGCACCACAGAGACCAGCAGCACGAGCCCCAGCAGCAGUUCCAGUAGCCGUGCCACAGACCUCACCAGCGCAAGCGCGAGUGACACCAUCCCAAUGGCUAGCGCCAAUGCCACUAGGACGGCUACACUUGCCAGCAUGACGGAGACCAGCAGCACAACGCUCACCAGAAUUGGUAGAAUUAGCAAUUUGACCUUGACCAGCAGCUCGGGUGGUAGCAUUACGAGCACGACCAGCGCCGCCGUGCUGACUAGCACCACUUUGACGAGCGCUGGUUCUACGACGGCGGGUGCACCAUUAACCAGCUCAACCAGCACUGGCAGCGCGACAGUCAUCCGCACCACAGGGACGAGCAGCCUGCCAGAGAGCAGCACCACGAGCCAUAAUAGCUCCAGCACGACUGGUACAAUUGCGACGACUAACGCGAGCGUCGCCGACAUUGCCUCGUUGACCAGCUCGACAGGAAGUAGCAGCACGACGGCCAGCAACACAGGCACGAGCACAGUGACCCUGAACAGCAGCUUCGGAAGCAGCACCACGAACCUCACCAGCACCAGCGCCACUGGUACAAGCACGGUGGCUAGUGAGAGCGUCACUGAAAUUGCCGCGUUAACGAGCUCGACCGGCACGAGCAGCAUGACGCCCGUCAGCAGCAGCACAGGGACGUGGAUCGCAACCUUGAACAUUAGCUCCGAGAGCAGGACCACAAGCCUCACAGGUACAAGCGCGACUGAAACCGUCACGAUCACCAGUGCAAGCCUCACCAGCACCGCCACAAUGUCAAGCUCGACGGGCACUGAAAGCGCAACGACGGUCAGCAGCGGCACAUUGACUAGCAGCGUUACCCCGAGCAGCACUUCCGAGAGCAGCACGACGAGCCUCACUGGCACCAGUGGGCCUGGAACCGUCACGAUCACCAGUGCGAGCCUCACCAGCACCGCCACAUUGACCAGCUCGACGGGCUCUGACAGCACAACGAUGGCCAGCAGCGGCACCUUGACUAGCAGCCGUGACCCCGAGCAGCAGCUCCGAGAGCAGUACCACGAGCCUCACCGACACUAG